AUGAUGGGCGUUCCAGAUCAAAAAGUAGCCAGGGAUUGGAUAUUCAAGAACUAUCCUCAAAUCCGCCAUUUCGACAAUUUCGAACAUCCUAUCUAUGUGGUUGCUUAUGAAACAAAAGCCCGAGAUCAAAUAGGGUACCGUAUGAUCACAAGUACAGUACUUCUUGGCAUCGAACUCUUCACAUUUUUCUUUUUGUUACAUUGGAAUAUGAAAAAAGCAAUCAGGAACAUGACUUUGUCUCCCAAAACUUUAGCGACUCAUUCCGCUUUUCUCAAAGCUAUAAAUAUGCAGAUUGCCAUACCUGCCGGUGUAAUUUCCACCCCUCAAGUUCUUCUGAUGGUUCUUGGAUAUGUAGAUUACAGCAGUCCUGAAAUCAACAGUAUCGGAUAUAUGUUGAUGUCAAUUCAUGGUGCAUCUUCCACUCUUAUCAUGUUGUACUGUCAUACACCGUAUCGUCAGUUUUGUCAAAGUUUGGUCGGUGGAAGACUGAAGAUUUUUCGUCACCAUAAGACAUCCAUGACAGUGACUUAA